AUGCUGUCUGCCCAGGUCCUGGCGUACCUUGUCUUGCCGAGGUACGUCGAAGACCAAGAGGCUGAGGAAGUGCAGCACUGUAUCGCCAGUGCUGCCGCCAUCGUCGUGGGUCUGGCAUGGGAUAAGGCCUUCGAAUCGCUCACCGUACACAUGACCCGGGGCUGGGACGGACACUAUGUGAUUGCCAAGGCCAUAGGCUUCGUGUCUUCGACCUACACGCCUGCACCCGCCGUGUUGCUUUGA